CGUUCUCUAGUCGGGCGUCAUUGGGGCGUGGAUGAGGGCAGGACCAGGUGAAUCUCUCCGUUAGUCAAACCCUGAAUCAAACACACAGCAGCCAGACGGAGCAGAUACCUGGAGCUUUACGAAUCGGACCUCACCUGUCUCUGGAGUGGAGACAAAAGCCAAAAUGAUGCCCGAGCCUUUGAGAUCGGCUUUGUCCAUCGGAGGUGUGGAGGACACGUCUCUCGCGGUUCCGUCCGAUCACGAGCUGAGAUCCGCGCAGCAGCGAGUUCUAGAGCAGGUUCACAUCAUCAAGAGGAGCAAGUUCAAAUUCAGCAGCAAUAGCGUGUCCGGACUCCCUUCCCCCACCAGCCCUGAAGGUAACAGUGUGUUUUACGACUUCAAGUUUUCUCCCGGCGCGUCUCUCGGCAGACCCUCGGUCAGCAGAGGAGGAACCAUGACAAAUGGGACUAUGCGAAAUCAAGGCUUUAUUUGGCAGUCCACCAACUCUCAUAGCUCCAGCGGUCAGCAGGUGACCAGUGGCUUGGGCAAGUUAGAUCGCUACUACAGCACUACUAGGACCCUCCCUGCCCAAACCCGGACCAAUAACCAACUGUUCAACUACCAAGCCACCCGCAGCGCUCCAGACCUGGGCUUCAAGUCCAGUGCCAAUGGCGGGACCGCCACGACUAUACGCACCCAAAACACCCGACAGACCUUCAACAGGGUGCCAAACAGUCAACCUGCUCAGGCUCUCGGUAACGGCUCUUCAACCAGAAUGUCUAACAGCAAUCAGGCCAUCAUCAUGCAAUGCGGCAGACGCCCGUCUUCCCUGCUGUCCAACGGAGAGUCCAGGAUGUCCUUGAUCAGGACUGGACAAGUCAAGGAUAUCUCUGGGAUGAACGCAGAGAAGAUUAUGAUGGAUAUGACGAUGCAAGAGGCGAUCGACUAUCUGUUCAGCACGGAUGAGAGCGUCCAGCAGUGUGGAGCCGCUUACAUCCAGCACAGCACCUUCACUGAUGACAAGGCCAAGCAAGAGGUGCUGAUGCUGAAGGGCAUUCCUCCGCUGGUCAACCUGUUGCACAGCCCCAGUCAUCAGGUCCAGGAGGCCAUGGCCGCUGCCCUGAGGAACGCUGUCUUCAAAAACCAGGCCAACAAAGAGGAAGUGCAGCGCUGCGGAGGAAUCACACAGAUUGUGCAGCUGCUCGGAGACACCAGCUCUGAGACACAGAAACACCUGACAGGUCUCCUGUGGAACCUCUCCUCUGUAGAUAAUCUCAAGCCGGAUCUGCUCCGCUUUGCCUUGCCCGCACUCACAGAGAAGGUCAUCGAGCCAUUUUCAGCAAGUUCAGACGACAGCCCCAACACCAGCCUGGCACCAGAGGUCUUCAACAACGCCACGGCAUGCCUUCGCAACCUGAGCUCCUCCAAAGUAGCGAACCGACAAGCCAUGCGCAACAGCAAAGGCCUCAUCGACUCGCUCAUGCGCUACACAGAGAACUGCGUAAAAGAUGGGAUCUUUGACAACCAGUCUUUGGAGAACUGUGUCUGCAUUCUGCACAAUCUCACCUACCAGCUGGAGACCGAGAUGCCGUCUCUCUUCACUAAAAUAAACGCGCUGGCCAGUUAUGCUCGUAAUCGCGCCAGCUCCUCAGACGCCGGUCCGAUCGGCUGCUUCAGCUCCAAGAGCCAUAAACUUCAGCAGGAGAGAAUCUUUGACUAUCCAGUGAUGGAGGACAACAGUCCUAAAGGUGCCGGCUGGCUCUUCCACAACAAAGCCCUGCAGAUGUACCUCAAUCUGUUGAGCUCCAGUGAAAGAAACGCCACACUUGAGGCUAGCUGUGGAGCGCUGCAGAACCUCACAGCCACCGAUGGCUUGGUAUCGAAUGUGUUUAGUUCUACAAUCAUUCAGAGGCUCAAUGGUCUUAAGAGCAUCAGUCCGCUGUUGCAGUCGCCCAAUCCUGCUCUCCAGAACAGCGCAGUCGCUCUGCUCGGGAAUCUGUCCAGAUCCACAAAUACAAACAAAAUCAUGGCUCGACAGACUCUUCCUCAGCUGGUCGAGUUCCUGAACUCCGGGCUCAAGAAGGUCGACACCUCACCCGAAUAUGACAGCACUAUGGCCACAGCUCUUCAUAGCACACACAACCUGAUGAAGGCGGACCCUGAGAUCAGCAAGAGUCUGCUGGACAACAGCCUGAUCAACUCCCUCAACACCACCAGUCUCAAUAUGGGUCUGCCAAAGACCAGCAUUUCAGCAGGAGUUUUUCUUCACUUUCUGUGGUCAGAAAAGAAUAUUCAGAGUUUCCUUAAAAAGAAAGGCCUGAAUAAGAAGAUGUUUUUGUGAAUGACGUCAUCGGCAGCUUUCAGAUCUCUUCAGGUGGUCGACUAAGAGAUGCACUGAGUAUUGCAGAGGAGAUGAGCUUUUAUUUCUUUUGCGCAGUAGAUGUUUUCGUAACAAUGCAAUGACAAAAAUAUGAUUUUUGUUAUUUUUAUAAUUUACAUUUUUCAAGACCAUAGUGUUCUCAUUCAGUUAAGAUGAUUUUAUAUGCCUUUGUUUGUCUUUUAUAAUGUGUUCUAAAAUGCAAAUGGUUGUAUGAGAGUGUUAUAGGUUGUUUGUGCAAGUUUAAGAUAUUAUACUGUAUGAUAUCAAGUUAUAUAUCAGACAAUAUAAAUAUACAUACAUAUGUCAGUCAGUAAUUGAGUAUAAGCUCCUUUGGCUCAUUUUGACA